AUGAGAGCUCUUACCUCCCUCGCUGUCCUCGCGACAGGUGCGUCAGCAUUCACCAGCUGGAGGGCAGCCGUCGUACCUGACCAGCCAUCUGCUAAUUUGCCGCCCAACGGCUACACUCUCCCACCUACAAGUCCAAAAGCCAACUCAACUUACGAGUACAUUGUUGUGGGAAGCGGUCCUGGAGGAGGACCGCUUGCUGCUCGCUUGGCUUUGGCUGGCUACAGUGUACUGCUUAUUGAUGCGGGCGAGGACCACGGAGCCGAUCCUGUCGUUCAAGUCCCAGCUGUACACCCUUACAGCAGCGAUCAUGUGCCCAUCAAAUGGGACUUUUUCGUCGACCACUAUGCGAACGAUACUCAGGCUCGCCGGGACACCAAGAUGACGUAUCUGACGCCAGAGGGUGACUACUAUGUUGGACUGGACCCACCGGCAGGCUCCGUCAAGAAAGGCAUUCUGUACCCUCGCACUGGCGCUUUGGGAGGAUGCUCCCAGCAUAAUGCGUUGGUGACUAUCAAGCCCACCCACAAGGACUGGAAUUACAUUGCCUCUAUCACCGGUGACGACUCGUGGGCUCCGGAGGAGAUGGACAAGUACUUCGAAAAGCUCGAGGCUGCCCGUUAUUUGCCCAGCAGCAUUGCCGGUCACGGUCUAAAUGGAUGGCUGCAGACCCGUGUCACCCCGAUUACUUUGAUCGCUGAGGACCUGAAGGUGGCCUCUUUGGUCGUUGCCGCUGCUACUGCCAUGGGCAAGGGACUGAUCGGAAAGCUCGUGGGCACCGUCAGUGGCUUGCUGGAGGUCUUGACUCUCGACAUCAACAACCCGUCACCCAGCCGAGAUAACGCGGAGCUUAUCUACCAAAUUCCCCUUGCCAUGGACGAGAACUACUCACGAAGCUCCCCUCGUGGAUUCGUCCUCGACGUCGCUCGCGCCACUAACGCUGACGGAUCCAAGAAAUACAAGCUAGACAUCGCUCUCAACACUCUCGUCACAAAGGUCAACUUUGACACCACCGGAUCUAAGCCCAAGGCUACCGGCGUCGACUAUUUGGUUGGCAAAAGCUUGUACCGCGCCGAUCCCCGAUCAACCAAGGAUGACGGUGGUAUUCCUGGCGCCGCUUUCGCCAGUCGUGAGGUCAUCGUGUCCGGCGGCGCCUUCAACACGCCGCAAAUCUUGAAACUGAGUGGUGUUGGUCCCGCGGAGGAACUCAAGUCAUUCGACAUCCCUGUGGUAAAGGAUCUCCCCGGUGUUGGUGGCAACAUGCAGGACCGUUACGAGAUCGGUGUUGUCGGCAAGGCACCUACAGAGUUCUCUCUUCUCAAGAAAUGCAAAUUCCUGAACGGUACCGACCCCUGCUACAACGACUGGAAAAACAACAUCGGAGGACCGCUCAAGGGCGCCUACACUACCAACGGUAUCGCUUUCGGCUACAUCAAGCACUCGUCCGUGGCCGAGGACGAACCGGAUCUGUUCCUCGGUGGCGUUCCUGCGUACUUCAAUGGCUAUUUCCCCAGCUACUCAGUUCACGCUACGGAAGAUCUGAGCAUUUGGACUUGGUUGACCUUGAAAGCCCGUUCACGGAACAACGCCGGAACCGUGAACCUGACCAGUGCCAACCCCCGCGACACCCCUAAGAUUACCUUCCACAGUCUCGGUGAGGGUAUCGGUGGAGACAAAGAUCUGCAGGCCGUUUACGAGGGCAUGAAGUACGGCAUCCAAGCUUUCAAGGACCUGAUUCCCCUCGAUGGCAGCUUCGACCGCAUCUGGCCGCCUGCUGAGAUGACCUCAGAGGAAGACCUGAAGCAGUUCAUUCGCGAUGAGGCUUGGGGCCACCACGCUUCCUGCACCGCCCCAUCGGUGCCGAUGAAGACCCGAUGGCUGUGCUGGACUCCAAGUUCCGCGUCAGGGGUAUCGAUGGCCUUCGUGUGGUAG